AUGGCCCGUGCCCGACCCAAACCGACGGACUCGCAAAGGACACCCACGGCCCGAAAUGAUGGGCCUGAAACUGCGCCGCCCCUAACGCAGGAAAUCGCUGGACAGCCGACCACACAUGGCCAAAGGCGGCCAGAAUCCCUUGCUGGGCGAUUAGUUGCGCCGGAUGACAUCCCAGCCAAGCAAAAAGCAAGUGAUCCGUACCAAGUUGCAACAGCUUCUGGAAACGUCACCUUUUCCAACGACCUUGGGCUUCAGACAUCAGAGCCUGACGCGGGGGUCGGGUUGAAGCCUCUGUUCAUCCUCUUCGUAGCUGGGAUCUUCUUCCUCCUCCUGGUGGCAGUAUGUGUUAUUCUGCCCCGGCUGCAGGGCGUGACGCUGGGCAUCGCUGGCACUUUGGAAGAGAGGCGCACGACACGAGACACGAGACACGAGACGAGACGAGUGGAGAGUUGCGCCCGGUGUGAAAGGAUGGGGGCUGUCCCGAAUUCUCAGCACUGUGCCACUGUGAAGGUGGACGGGGCCUGUCUUCGGGUUGGGCCGAUGAUCGGCAUGCGCCCGCGCUGCCGAGACUUUGGUUUCACUGUACAUGUUUCGAGAGCAGCAGAUGCAGCUGCCAGACCUGGGACCGAGUGCAAAAUCUCAGCCUGCUCGCAUGCCAUUGCGCACGGCCAGUACCCCAGCCAAUUCCCACCGCAGAGUUUUCAAAUCGAGUGUGGAAAGACCCUGCGCUGCCUGCGCCCAGCCAUGAGCUCCCCAGAUCCUCCCACUGCAGACUUCUUCCCGAACUUACUGGAAGACCGGGAUCGGGAAGGCCUUGGGAAGAGCCAAGGACUCGAGCGGAGUCAAAGAAGCUCCGGCUCACUGCGACUUUUCAAGGCUACAGCCGCUACAGCCCAGCCCGAUGCAGCCGACGCAGCCGAGCUGAAGAAGGACACAGAGUCCUCUUUUGACGUCGAAGGUGUCCUGGAUGUCUUGGUCGCCCUCCGAUGCUUCCUGCCACUGCAUUGA